AUGGACGAAGCAAAACAAACGUUGUUGGACUUGCUCGAAAAGAUAGCCAAGGAACAAAAAUAUGUGAACAACACGGUAGACCUUAAAGAGGUCAGUGCUGGAGGCUCGAACAUAACCUCUGCGCUGUUUCUCUCGACUAUCCGUGCCGACGACAAACCAGACUUGAAACUCUUCGCUAAAGUCGCUCUCUUGAAUGACCACGUACGUAAGAUUACUCCUAUGAAAUGCCCGUUUACUACUGAACUUUACUUCUACACUAAACUAAAGAAGCAAUAUGAAAGGAUAGAAGAUAAACACAACGUUAUUGAGGAUCAUAGAGUGCGCAUGCCGAAGCUGUACGGCUGCUGCGACGAGUAUCUAAGUGAGACCUUAGUUCUGGAGGAUCUGGUUGCUCAGGGAUUUGAGAAUUUCGACAGGCAGCAACCUGCUGAUCUGGAAUACGUGACAGCCGCAAUCGAUCUGAUGGCCAAGUUCCACGCUUUAUCCCUAGCCUUUCACGAUGACGAUCCGGUUAGCUUUAAAGAGGCAAGCGACACGCUGACGAUGGACACAUCUAUAAUAGAAGAGAUGACACCGAUCGUGAAGCCUAAAAUGGUGGCUAAUGCGCUCGCAGCUGCCAAGGGCGAGAACCGAGAGAAGCUGGAGAAGUUUUUUAAACAGGAACCGUGUCAGUUACUGAAGUUUACGGAUACGUUCCGCAGCAAAAAUAGAAAUAUACUCGUGCACGGUGUCUUUAAACCAAAUAAUCUAAUGCAUAGGCGACGAGACGGCAAACUAGAGAUCGUCUUAAUGGAUUUCCAGCUGGUAUUCGACGGGGAUCCACUGCGGGACCUGUUGUACUUCAUCUUUACCGCUACCGACGAAGCCUUCCGUCGCUCGCACUAUCACGCCAUGCUGGACCUGUACCACGAGCGCCUGAGCGAGGCGCUGCGGCGGUUUCAGAUUGAUGUUGAGACUGUCUAUCCGGAGAGCAUGUACAGAGCGCAGCUAGAAGAGUAUUCCAUGCUGGGGCUCACUAUCGCCGUGACCGUGUUACCCUUGGUGCUAGUGGAAGAGGAGGAUAUUCCGAAAUUCGACGAUGAUUACAAGAUGGAUGACAUCGUAGUACAAGGCAGCAAGCUCUACAAGGAGAGGCUUAACGGCGUGAUCAAUAAUUAUGUGGAGUGGGGACUGCUGUGAGUGAUCCAGCCUUCAUUGGUGAACAGCGAACUUUAUAAUUGCAUAUACUUAAAUGAAUUCAUUUAUAGUCUCAACAUUCAAUACCGUGAACAUUCUGUUGUUGUUUUUUAGUGUUUAGUUUUGCUUGUUAGUGCCGACAGAAGUGAAAACUCAAUGACUAGUCCAAAAUGUCUGCAGCACUAUGUAUAAUUGACCCGUCCUCCUUUCUAUUGAAAAACUUUAGUUCCGAAAUUCCUGGCCAGUAAGCUUAAAUUUGUAGCGUUAAUUGUUUAAAAUUCGAAUAGAAAUUGUAAAGUUAUCUUGCAGAUCUCGCAUCUAAAUAAAUUUGGUCAUGAUAUUUUGAGUUUUAUUCACCAGUACUAGAGUUCACUUUUAUUAG